AUGUCGGACCUCGAUGACGCCCAAAACUUUCUCACAAAGUACACCUUGUACAAACGAGCCACCGAGUAUAUCGGGGGAUGGAUCGCAGAGACUGCUGCAUCCAUUGGCUUUGAAGUCCAGAAGAACGAUCAGAGCCAGCCCCAAGUCAAGGCCAAGCCGAAAAAGCGAGGGGGGAAGAAGAACACAGAGAAGGCCAAAGCCAAAGCCGCUGCCACUGCCGCCAACGACAACGUUUUUCAGGUGCGCGUUGCUGACUUCAUCCCCAUGGCGAAAGCUAUAGCGGGAGCUGGUGAUGCACGUCACGAACACUUUAUACAGGUGUUAGAAGACACGUUUGCAACGCUGAGGCCAUUUCUGAGAGCUUCUGGACUGAAAACUGCCCAAAAAGAUGCUCCGCUUUCGACCCAAGAGGAUCUGACCACACAAAAUCGUUUUGCCGCAUUGACGGUUGAAGAAGCUGCGGCUUUGGCUGACGAGGAAGACGUUUCCGAGUUGACCCUUCCUAAGGUAUCCAAGAUCGAACUACAGCAAGAUGAAGAUAACAGCGACGAGGAGUUCUGGAUCACGCUUUCUCUUCUGCUGCAAGAGCAGCAGGAUCUGAGAAAGAUUGUACGUGAAUCCUGGUCGAAUUACAAGGACGGGAAAGUCGAUCUCACUGUGGCAGCCAUGGUCACCGACACUGCUAUAAGACUUGCCCAGAAAUCUGAAGCUGAGUUCGAACUGCGCGUUACCAGGCCUGAGAAGUGGCCGGUGGAGAAAUUUCCCAUCGCCACCUUUCCGGCUAUCCUGUUUUACAACUCACAUGACACUAUGCGCAAAUGGUCACUAGAGGAGAUCGCAAAGCCAUCUAAUACGCUUGGUACAACCGCAGUCGGGCAGACCGAGGCGCACUUUGACUUCUGGCCCGUGUACACUGGGCUGAAGUUCUACCUCCACAAGCACAUGACCAAAAAAACCGUUCCCCAGGUGGUUCCAAAAGAUCUUCAGGACCCAGAAGUUCAUGAUCGAACGAUCAGAUCGAUUGAGUUUGCGCAGAUAAUGCGGCUCAUUAAGGAAGCGCCCAAGCAGCCCAAGCUAUGGGAUCUCGUCUCUCAGGGUGUUUUGAAGAUGUUUAGCACCCAUACUAUUCCUAUGUGGCUUACUUUUGGUGUGCAACUGCAUUUCGACUCACAAGACAUUCUUGGCGAGCAAAUGGCACGAACACAUUUCGAACUGAAUGUGUAUCUUAAUGCUAUGGUGGCUUCUGUCAAUGAUAUCCGACAGAGGUUUGAGACGGCAGAAGAUCUCACUAUCCCAGACAGUGAAAUCGACGCUCUUCAUGAGCCGAUUGCACAAGCAUUCGGAGACAUAGAUCCGUGGGCCAACCGUGAUGGUUUCUCCGAUCAAUGGGCAGCGCUCAGCAAAAAUCGGAAAGUGGCUGGGCAUCCGACCCUGAAGCUGUUGAAGAGCGAGAAUAUGUACUUUUUCAGACGCCAUCCUCUUCUCAACGGUAUGAUGAAGUACCACUGGUUUUUGCAUUGGCAUGCGCUUGGGCUCUCGUACGAAGCUACUUCUACUCACAUCUUUACGAUGGCCCAUGUCUACGUGGCCACACGGGUGGGGCACCAGGAAGAUCCCGUGUGGCCGGACAUGGAAUUUGCCCUGUACAACCAAGAUCCUAGAUACGUACUUCGAACUUAUGGCCAACUCGGGGCGUAUAGUCCGGAUCGCCUGAAUUACAACCGCAGCGACCUAGGCCUACCCAGAUACGAUCCCACCCAAAAAUCACGGCUUUUCAGAGACGCGAGUGUAUUUGGAGAGACGGUCUACCUCCCUCGCGGUGUAAGUGGCAGCUGGAUCGAUAAAAUCCCCGGUGGCGCUUUCCACGGCCAGAUUGACAAGAUCACUCGCGCGCUUCUCUCGGCCCAAGAUCCCAACGCGACGCGAGGCCGGCUAGCUCGUGCGAUGAAACCUUCAGAAAAUUCCACCUUGGAACCUCUUACCAACCGUAACGGCUUUACAUUCGUAGCCAUCCUUCAGCACUACGCAGUCUGGCUCGAGGCCGAUAUGGCUGACCUCUGCUUUGAUUGGUUUUCGAUGCAGUCAACCUGCACUAAGGUCUGGAGAGCCAUCAACCUACUUCUUAGCCGGAAGAAGGUCUGGCAAGAACGCUUCAACGAUAUUGACUUGAAAAACGAUAGGCGGCAUAAGGUAGCCAACGCCAUCAUCUCAACGGGCAUGCUUACAGGCUGCUAUCCAGACUUUAUUGACGCAGCUCGGUGGGUAAUCCAAACAUCGCUGCGUCUGGAGCCCCCAAAUGUUGGGUGCCUCACGGGCGAGAAAUGCUUGAGGGAUAUGCUCAAGUUCCACCCGCGCACCGCCAGUAUGUUCCGUGAUAAUGGUCCGCUGAGUAUUGACGUUCUGUUCCAGGGGCAGUCAACGAAGCAGGAGAUGAAGGAGGUGGUGGAGGCAGCGGUUGGACGCGCGCGGGAGCAACAGGAUGAAGUCCUCAAGACCUGGCUUAUGGCGCAACAAGAGAGGAUGAUGAUGGACCUUCUUAAGGAUUUGUUGUAG